AUGGAGGUUCGGCAGGCUGUCAAGGAUUACAAUUUGAGCUUGUGUGCUAUUUUAGAGUCUCAUGUGGAUGUCGGUAAGUUGGGCAAAGUGUGUAAAGCUGUGUUUCAUUCUUGGGAUUGGACUUCCAAUGGCGGAUGUUGUAACAAAGGCACAAGAAUAAUCAUUGGGUGGAAUCCUACUAUUUUUGAUGUAAUGAUCGUUGCUCAAUCUCCUCAGGUUAUGCAUUUACAGCUUGUUUUUAAAUUGGAUAAGAGAGUGCUUUUCUGUUCUGUUGUGUAUGCCGAUAAUUAUUAUGUUACGCGGAGGGAGCUUUGGCAUCUUCUGUCUAUGCAUAAAGUUUUUGUUGCGGAUCGGCCGUGGUGUAUUAUGGGUGAUUUCAACUCGGCUCUUAAUAUAGAAGAUAAUUCGAUGGGUUCUUCAUCCAUUUCGAUUGGUAUGAGGGAUUUUCAGGAUUGUGUUGAUGACAUAGAAGUUGUGGAUAUUAAUCGCACCGGUAUUCAUUUUACGUGGAGCCAAAAGCCUAAGAAUGGUGUGGGUCUUCUUAAGAAAAUUGAUCGGGUAAUGGGAAACACUCCGUUUCUUACUGAAUACCCGAACUCGGUUGCAUUUUUCAAGCCUUAUAGGCUUUCGGAUCAUUGCCCUUGUAUCUUGUCUAUCCCGGAAGCGUUGAAACUCAAACCGAGGCCGUUUAAGUUCGCUAAUUUUCUGGUUUUUAAACCUGAAUUUUUGGAGAUUGUUAAUAAGCAUUGGCCAAUUAAUGUUGACGGGGUUCACCAAUUUAGAGUUGUCAAGAAGUUAAAGUCUCUUAAACACCCUCUUCGGUCGUUGCUGUUCAGACAAGGAAAUCUCCACAAGAAAGUUGAAACUAGUCGGUUGAAGUUAGAUACUAUUCAGCGAAGGAUUGACCUAGAGCCGCAUAAUGCUGAUGUGCGGAAUGAGGAAGCUUCGAUUAGCCGUGAUCUUCAAGAGGCAUUAUUAGAUGAAGAGCGUUUUCUGAAACAAAAAGCUAAAGUUGAUUGGUUGAGUGCGGGUGACAUGAAUACGGCGUUUUUUCAUUCCUCUUUGAAGAUUCGAAAUCAUUGUAGUCGGAUUGAUGUUAUCAAAGAUAUUCAAGGGAAACUCUAUGAAGGCGAUAGUGUGUAUAAAGCUUUUGUUCAACACUAUGAGAAAUUUUUUGGCAAGAAAGGUGAUAUCUCGUUAUAA